AUGGGGAAGGAGAUCUAUCUAUCUAAAUCAAAUCUAAAGUCUCGUAAUUCUCGUAAUGUUUAUAACUUCUCUUCGUAUCUAUCUAUCUAUCUAUUAUCUAUCUAUGAAAAUCUAAAGAGGAUCUAUCUUCUCUAUCUAUCUAUCUAUCUAUCUAUCUAUCUAUCUAUCUCAGUUCGUAAUGCCUUAUCAACUGGUCUUCGUAUCUAUCCAUUCACGAUCUAUCUAUCUAUCUAUCUAUCAUCUAUCCUCAGUAAUGUUUAUCAACUGUUUUCAUAUCUAUCUAUCUAUCUAAGGAGAUCUAUCUAUCUAUCUAGAGAGUCUAUCUCUCAGUCUCGUAAUGUUUAUCAACUGUCUCUUCUAUCUAUCUAUCUUAUCUAUUUCAUCUAUCUAUCUAUCUAUCGUCUCGAACGUUUAUCAACUGUCUCUUGUUGUUUUUGGUGGAUCUAUCUAUCUAUUAUAGUAUAUAUUAUCUAUCUAUCUCAGAAUGCACGUUUAUCAAAUCUGAUUAUCUAUCUAUCUAUCUAUCUAUCUAUCUAUCUAUCUAUCUAUCUCUCAGUUUCGUGGUGUUUUUCAACCCCCACCGCCAUUUUCAUCUAUUGUCUAUCAAUUUCUAUCUAUUUUAUCUAUCUAUCUCUUUCUGUCUAUAGAUAUGAAUAUCUUGUGUCUUAA